AUGUAGCCCUUCAGCAGUGUCUGGGCUUCUAGACACCCACAGUUCUCCUGGUGUUCCAUGUUAGACUUUGGCUGGAGUCCAGUCAACCCAUGAUGCAUUCCUGGGGCCACCUACACUGUUGUUAUUUUCUUUAUUAUUUUCAGUGCUGGGAAUGGAAGCCAGGGCCUUCUGCAAGUAGCCAAGUGCAGUAGCACUAAGCCAGGCCUGUAGAUCCCUUCUGGGAGAUUCUAGGCAAGGGCUCCACUGGUGAACCAUACUGGUACCCAGCCACUCACUGUGAGGUUUUAGGCAGGGACUCCACCCAUAAGCCACACUGCCUCCACUUGGGAGAGGGAGUUCUGUGGUUGAUAUAUUUGUACCUUAAUAAACUUAUCUGGGGUCAGAGAAUAGAACAGCCAACACAUUAGAUAUAGAGGCCAGAAAAUGAUGGCACACACACCUUUAAUCCUAUCACUUGGGAGGCAGAGAUCCAUGUGGAUCUCUGUGAGUUCAAGGCCACACUGGAAACAGCCAGGCAUGGUGACACACACCUUUAAUCCCAGCACUUGAGAUAUCAUGUCUUGCUUGGGAAAGACACACGCCUUUAAUCCCAGGAAGUGAUGGCAGGAAACAGAAAGGUAUAUAAGGUGUGAGGACCAGGAACUAGUGCCUUUUCAGCUUUUAGGCCUUUAGCAGCAGUUCGGCUGAGAUCCAUUCCAGCGAGGACUCACAAGCUUCAGUCUGCAGAUUCGUGGAAACAGGAUCUGAUCAGGAGUUGUCGAGGAAACAAUUACUCUUUGUAAGAAAUCACAGUAGAAAGAAAAUUUACAAUAUCUACGUUUAUUUCCUAGUGUGUUAUUAAAUGGAACUUUAUGUGUCAUCAUAACACAGUAGAAGCAGCGACGGGUCGGAUAACCGUUUGUGAGGAUGACACGGCAUGGUAAGAACUGUACUGCAGGGGCUGUCUACACCUACCAUGAGAAGAAGAGGGACGCAGCGGCCUCAGGCUAUGGGACCCAGAACAUCCGACUGAGCCGGGACGCCGUGAAGGACUUUGACUGCUGCUGUCUCUCACUGCAGCCCUGCCAUGAUCCUGUGGUCACCCCAGAUGGCUACCUGUACGAACGGGAGGCGAUCCUGGAGUACAUCCUACACCAGAAGAAAGAGAUUGCCCGGCAGAUGAAGGCCGAUGAGAAGCAGCGAGCAGCCCGGAGGGAAGAGCAGAAACAGCUUCAGCAAGCUGCAGCCCAGGACCAAGUUCGAGGCUUCCUGGAGAAGGAGGCAGCCAUCGUGAGCCGGCCCCUCAACCCCUUCAUGCCCAAAGCUGCCACCUUACCCAACACAGAUGGUGAGCAGCCAGGGCCCAGGGUGGGUCCCCCAGGCAAGGACAAGAACAAAGCGCUGCCCAGCUUCUGGAUUCCCUCACUGACACCUGAGGCAAAGGCCACCAAGCUGGAAAAACCAUCUCGCACUGUGACCUGCCCGAUGUCUGGGAAGCCUCUACGCAUGUCGGACCUGAUGCCAGUGCACUUCACGCAGCUGGACGACUCUGGAGACCGCGUGGGACUCAUCACACACAGUGAGCGCUACGUGUGUGCUGUGACCCGAGACAGCCUGAGCAAUGCCACACCAUGUGCAGUGCUGUGGCCCUCUGGGGCUGUGGUCACCCUGGAGUGUGUAGAGAAACUGAUCCAGAAGGACAUGGUGGACCCGGUGAACGGGGAUCCGCUGACAGAACGUGAUAUCAUCGUGCUGCAGCGCGGCGGUACCCGCUUCGCAGGCUCAGGAGUGAAGCUACAGGCAGAGCUGUCUCGGCCAGUGAUGCAAGCCUGAGCUGUGACCUAAUAAACCUGCCUGUGAAUGGAAAAAAAAAGAAAUACAAUUUAAUGCCAGGUGGUUGGAGAGCAUGCCUCUAAUCUCAACAUUUGGGCGGACAGGCAGAUCUCUGUGAGUUCAAGGCCAGCCUGGGCUACAGGGCGAGUUCCAGGAAAACUAGAGCUGUUGUUACACAUAAGUUAAAGUUCAUCAACACAGUAAUGUCGUUAAGAACCAGGAAUGGAAGUAGUCAUAAGAAGAUCCUGGCUUCUUCUGGACAUUUGAGUUGUUCUUCUCCUCAGGAAGGGCAUCUUAUAAAACCUAAGGAUUUCAUAAGAAUCUAUUGGAUGGAUCUUAGGACUCUCCAAGAUUUUCAUUGCCAAAGGGCAAAUACUGGAAUUAUCUGGAAACAUAAGCUCCAGAGAACAGCAAGGACCCCAUUGGUAAAUAAUUAUCAGGAGUAGAAGUGGCCAAGAUGAGAAGGUUUUAAUCUUUCAUUUUAUCUAUCUAUCUAUCUAUCUAUCUAUCUAUCUAUCUGUCUGUCUGUCUGUCUGUCUGUCUAUCUCAUC